AGUUGUGGCCUGGUGCAUGUUAAUCUGGGAUUUUAACUGCCAUUGUCUGAAUCUAGGAUAGAUCAACAGCCAAAGAGAAUUAAAUACAUUUGAAACUAGGAAAAUCAAGAGUCAUUUGAAACUCAGCACCUAUAUAAACAGAUGCUCAAAGGUCAAUGGAUUCAAGUUAUUAUUACAGUUACAGAAAAUUAAACAGGGAAUUAAUAUGGCGGCAGAAUUCUCAGUAAGCUUGAAACUCCUGAUUGAUACCAAAUCCAAAAGAGUGUUGUUUGCCGAGGCAGGCAAAGAUUGUGUCGAUUUCCUGUUUUACAUACUCUCUUUGCCUGUAGCUAAUCUAAUCAAUCUUGUCGGAAAACAACAAAUGGUGGGCUCUUUGGGGAACCUGUACGAGAGCUUAGAAAACCUAAACGAGUCUUACGUGCAAACGAAGAAGAACAAGGACGCCCUUCUAAAACCAGCAACUAUUCGUCCAAUUGGUGCAGUUUCUUCUUCUGUUCCUCCGCUGGCUCUAAAGGAUGCACCUAAUAACACUGCGAAGAAGUUCUACACAUGCCUUUUAAAGUGUGAUUAUGUGACUGAUGACUCGAAAACGCUUUGUCCAAAGUGUCUCCGCGCUAUGAGCACGGUUGUUCCGUACGUGUCUCGUUCUUCCAAGAAAGAAUCGUCGAGUAGUACUGAAGAAGGUGGAUUUGUUAAAGGGGUGGUGACUUAUAUGGUGAUGGAUGACUUGGUGGUCAAGCCAAUGUCUACUAUCUCCAGUCUUACACUACUUAACAAAUUUAAUGUUAAGGAAGUUAGUGCAUUGCAGGAAAAAGAGGUCAAUCUGGGAAUGGCUGAGGUAUUUAUAUUUAUAUAUCACCUUUUAAGACAAUUUAGAAUUCUUGAAUAUAGACAUGAUUGGCCAGGCCGUUCCGGAGCUGUUCUGACCGUUUUGGUGCCGUUCCGGUGCCGUUCCGGUGCCGUUUCUCGGCUACGUCUCGCCCGUUUCGCCCGUCUCGAUGGUCCGCCGCGUCAAAGGGGAGAAAACGGUUUUGUUAGGGAUUCCGGAACGACGGGCACCGUUCCCAUUUCGGAACGGCGGCGAACCCUGGCAAGAAACCAACAGUAA